AUGAUCCACGACGCUACGCCGCUUCCCCUGCAAUGCGACUCCGGCCAGUACCAGUCUCCUCCUUACGAUGCCAGCUUUCUCGCCUCGCAGCACGUGGAUCUUCCUGCGUUUGCCGACUAUAGAUCCACGUCCAGGUCCGACAUCGACGUCCCUCCCGAGCUCUCUGAGAGCGACAGCACUGUCGUGUUAGGGACACCGGGCGCGAUGCUAUCGGGCGGCGCUCGCGUCGUGGAGCUCGACGGCCUCGACCCCGCCGACGUCGCACGCCUCUUUAGUAGCCCUCCUCCAGCCCAGACCAGCAACCUCACAGCGCAAAACACUGCCUCGCCGAUCCUGGACCGCUACCACUCUCAAGGAUCGGACUCACAGCGCGAACCCUUUGAACUCCCCCCCGAGCUGUUUAAUAGCGCAGUCGAUGUCCACGCCAGGAAAUGGCUCAGCGACUUUUGUGACGGGAGCUGA